GGGGGCGGGUAUACGUGUCCUAAAUAUAUCUACCACCUUCUAAGCGAGGAUAGUAGGGCACCUCCAACUAAUAGGAGGUCACUAUACCGUGGCUCACGUGAUAGAAUAUAAUAGUUACGCUAACUAUAUAGUAAACCGCCGCGCGAAAGAUGUUUAUUGUUCGGCGUGAUGGGGGGGCCAGCGGCCAGCGGCCAGCGGCCACGGCGGCUGAGAACACGUGCUGUGCCACGGUGCCACGGUGCCACGGUGCCACGGUGCCACACUGGCGAACUGUUAAGAAAGCCGCCGGUCUCGUCGAGUCUCCUGAACAUACUUUAUGCCUUAUGGAUAGGUACCUAGUGGAAGACGGUGAUGACGACGACGACGACGACGACGACGACGACGACGACGAAAGGCUGAAAAAGGAAGAUACAACGGCAGGUCCGUCGUCAACCCUCAUUGCACAUGCGGAAGGGGUCGACGAGAAGGGCAGUAGGAAACUGGGGCAACUUUGGCAACUUUAG